AUGUCAGUCUGCCUGACGGAGGAGCAGAAGAGGAAGAUCGAGGAGAACCGUCAGAAGGCCUUGGCGAGGAGAGCCGAGAGACUCGCGGCGCAGAAGAAUGGAAUUAACCAGAGCUCUGUUGUCUCUUCCAACGUCCAGGCAUCAAACCUUGGAGGGAACUUGCAACAAAACAAGCAGCAAGGUUUUACUGUCCCCCCAACCGGCAAAGAAGCGGGACCGAAUAAUAGUGCGAAGGUGACCCCUUCCAAAUCCGGAAGUUUUCAUUUGCACUCAAUAGGUGGCGCUAACAGGGGGGGGCCUGCGCAGGCUUUGGUUGGCCUUGCCCAAAGUCACUUCUCUAAUACAAGGACAGAGGCACAGUCUUCUUGUCAAAAUGAUCCCUCGCCUUUACCGCUCGCAUCUGGACAGAAUCUUCAGCCUCAGAACUUUGGCACUACGGCAGCACCAAACCAAAGCCACGAGCUAUCCGAACCAAAUCCACACAAGUCAUCAGACGCACCUCCUGGUGCCACGAAAGACACCACGGGGCCUGCAAGGAGUACAAGUAACGUGUCUCAGUUUUACGGCAAUAGCUCCAAAUAUGUUUCCGCUGCCGGGAACAAGACAGAUGGCAGAGAGAAGGCAGGCGGCGGCGGCACCGCCGGCGUCUCGGAUACGACUCAGACUAAGAAACCGGUGACGGCCGUGAAAGGAAGGUGCGUUAAAUACGCCGAAGAUCGAUUCCGGGUCGAAGUGGGUUACAAUGCAGAGCUCAUUGCUUUGUUUAAAACGAUCCCCGGCAAAAAUUACGACCCCCCCACCAAGAUGUGGAACUUUAACCUGGAAGAUUACACCGGCCUCAUGAGUGAGGUCCAACGACUCGGGAACGUGUCUUUAAAACCCUUAGAGGGGAUGGAAGAUGUGGAGAUCCCUUCACUUUUAAAUUUGUAAAUCCUCACACGUGGGGGAAGUGUUAUCACAACGCUGUUCUCGCCAUGUGCAAGAACUGGCAGUAGGCCAUCGGUCCGUUGUAAAAGGCCAUUGCCAUGCUGUAUCUCUCUCUCCCCGGUCCUGAAGGUGGGAGAUUGGAUACCACGUGGAAGACAUACGCCCUACAUCCUAUCCCUUAAUUUUGAAGUGUAGGACACAAAGACCAGAAAAAUGGAGCUUUCUGUUGGAGGACUACCAAAAACUGAUGGAAGCCAUUUUCCGCAUCCAGCAGGUGGAAGUGGAGCCUCUCCCCCAGAUCGGUAGUGCAGGCCUUCGCGGCUCAGUUCGAGAAGACGUCUUUAAGUCGGGCCGAGAUCCCGGAUGCGGACCUAUCUUCCCUGGAUUCAAAACUUGUCAGCAGCUUGAUGCCAUUCCAGAGGGAAGGUGUCAGCUUCGCCAUUUCCCGGGAAGGCCGCCUGCUGCUGGCUGAUGACAUGGGCUUGGGGAAGACGAUUCAGGCCAUCUGCAUCGCGGCGAUUACAGGAAGGAGUGGCCGCUGCUGGUCGUGGCUCCAUCCUCUGUCAGAUUCACCUGGGCCGAGGCUUUCCACAGGUGGCUGCCGUCUGUCAGACCUGAUAGCAUCAAUGUCAUCGUGACUGGGCGGGACAGCCAAUCAGCAAGCCUCGUCAAUAUUGUCAGCUAUGACCUUCUCGGGAAGAUGGACAAACACAUCACUGCUAACUUCAAAGUCAUUAUUAUCGAUGAAUCCCAUUUCCUGAAGAACGUGAAGACAGCGCGGUGUAAGUCCGCAAUGCCUCUGCUCAAGAGUGCAAAGAGAGUCAUCCUGUUGUCUGGCACUCCCGCCAUGUCCAGACCUGCAGAACUGUACACACAGAUCGCAGCUGUCAGACCCAACUUCUUUCCGCGCUUCCAUGACUUUGGUCUUCGCUAUUGUGAUGCCAAACAGAUGCCGUGGGGAUGGGAUUACUCGGGGUCCUGCAACCUGGGAGAAUUAAAGCUUCUGCUGGAGGAGUCCAUAAUGGUCAGAAGGCUGAAGUCAGAAGUUCUGUCCCAGCUGCCGUCCAAACAGCGCAAAAUGGUUGUUAUUGCACCUGAAGGCAUCAAUGCUAAGACUAAAGCUGCACUUGCGGCAGCAGCUAAGGAGAUGGCACAAGGCUUCAAGAGUAAAGUACAAGAGAAAGAAGCCCUCCUCCUAUUCUACAACAGAACUGCAGAAGCCAAAAUCCGCUGUGUCAUAGAGUACAUCAUGGAUCUUCUAGAAAGCGGGAGAGAAAAGUUCUUGGUGUUCGCUCAUCAUAAGCUGAUCCUGGACAAUGUUUGUGAUGAGCUGGGGAAAAAGAAUGUGGGCUUCAUUCGUAUUGACGGGAACACCACGUCAGCCGACCGUCAGUCUCUCUGCCAGAAGUUCCAGUUCUCGGACAAGAUCAGUGUUGCUGUUUUAUCCAUUACGGCUGCCAACAUGGGCCUGACCCUGUCCUCUGCUGACCUGGUGGUGUUCGCUGAGUUAUUUUGGAACCCAGGGGUUCUUAUUCAAGCAGAAGAUCGAGUCCACCGAAUAGGACAGACAAACUCGGUGAAUAUUCACUACCUGGUGGCGAAAGGAACAGCCGAUGACUAUUUGUGGCCGAUGAUUCAGGAGAAGAUCAGGAUUCUGGGCCAGGCCGGGCUGUCUGAGGCCAACUUUUCUGAAACGACGGAAUCAGCUGACUAUGUUUAUAAGGACCCAAAGCAGCAAACCAUCUAUGACCUGUUCCAGCGCUCUUUCUCGCAGGAUGAAGCGACGGAUGAUUUGGACGAGUCGCUGUUACUUGAGGCAUGUGAGGAGGUGGACUCGGAAGGCCUCUGUGAAAGUGCGUCCAAGAAAAGGAAGAUUGACGAUUAUUUCUGA